UGGCACACUUCCUUGCACCCGUCGGGAUGUCGACCUUGGCCGCCGUCGCCGCAGCGCAGCCGCUACCAGCAGGCACGACGCGAUUGUACCUUUGCCGCCAUGGCGAGACAAACUACAACCUCGAAGGCCGCUUCCAGGGUCGUGGCAUCGACAGCGACCUCAACGCCCUGGGCCUAGCCCAAGCGCGGGCGCUUGGCGAAGCGUUCCGCGCCAUCCCGCUACAAGGCAUCUUCUCCAGCACGCUCUCGCGCGCCAGGGCGACCGCCGCGAUGAUCAGCCAGCACCACAAUGGCGUCAUCACCGGCGCGAUCGAUGGUGUCGAAGAGAUGGGCUACGGCGAGAACGAAGGCAAGAAGCUCACCGAGAGCAAGCACUUGCUCCAUGCCGUCAUCGAUCAGUGGAAUGCCGGCGAGUUGGGCGCGGCGUGGCCGGGCGGCGAGUCGGCCAUCGACGUCGAGCGACGAGGUACGGCCGCGCUGCGCGAGCUCGCACGCCGCCCGCUCGACCAUGUGGCGAUCGUGUGCCAUGGCCGCUUCAACCGUGUCGUGCUCGCGUCGCUUUUGCACGACGACUUGCGCCAAAUGGAGGCGAUCGAGCAGGACAACACGUGCGUCAACGUCCUCGACUUUGACCGGGCGACCGGCACGUUUCGCGCGCACGUUCUCAACUGCACCGACCACUGGCGCUUCCUCGAACCGCCGCAGUGAUACUACAAUCGUUUCUAUUGCUGAGAUUACAUACUAAACUGCAUCGAUGUCUGUGGCGUGCACGCCUAUCUCUACCACGAGACGCGCCGGAUUCUCGAUUUCUUGGCCGCGGUGCCCCACGCUCGGGUUCGGCGUGACUGCGUUUUGCGUGGCUGUAGCACGUCAUAAAGGUGAGCUCCAUGGCAGCACCUGAGAAGGCAGACGAAGGACAGAGCAUGGACGUGGCCGUCGCCUUUCCCAUGAUGCCAUUUGCCGUAUGA